UUUAUUUGUGAUUUCAAUGAAUGCCUCAAAAGUUUUAAACGAAAAGGAGAUUUAUUUCAACACAAAAGUUGUGUUCAUUUGAAUGAAAAGAGAUUCAAAUGUAAUGAAGAAAAUUGCAAUAAAGGUUUUGCUUUAAAAUCAAAAUUAUAUGAACACAAACGCAUACAUUCGGGAGAAAAACCAUUUGUUUGUGAUUUCAAUGAUUGUAACAAAGCUUUUACCGCAAAAAAUUCUUUAUCUCAACACAAAAGUACAAUUCAUUUGAAUGAAAAGAAAUUCAAAUGUGAUUUUCCCGAUUGUAAUCAAGCCUUUAAACAACACAACCAUUUAGUCAAUCAUAAAAAUUGCGAUCAUUUAAAUUAUAUAUGUAAGGAAAAAAAUUGUGACAAAAGAUUCGCUAAUGAAUAUCUACUGAAUGCACACAAACGCAAUCAUUCGGGAGAAAAACCAUUUGUCUGUGAUUUUAACGGA